AAGCAGGCAGCCAGACCCCGACAUCACGCCCACAUUAUACCCAAUAUCAUUGGCUCAACUGUCGUCAUUCUCCGGUAUUCAGACUUCUUGGUUCAACCGUGUCAGACCAAACGAUAAUGCGCCAAUCAUUGACCUUGACUUGGACCUGCGUCCUCCUUGCUCCCCUUGCGGCGAGUAAAAGCCUCAUAGCAGACUACAAUUCAUGCCAGAGUGCGUGCAUCUCGCUAUCUAGUCAGCUAUCCGUCGAGUCGGGUGGCGACUACAUUGCAGAGUUCGAGCAGCAGCCUAUCACUGAGCCAGGAGUCGACGUCGGAUCUCUGUACUGGUCGCAGCAGCAGCAGGCCGUCCGGCCGGCCUGCCUUGUCCACGCCCGUGAGGCCCAGGACGUCGCACUCGUGGUGCAGACAUCGCGCUCCACGGGGUGCCCCUUUGCCGUCCGCGGGGGUGGCCACUCGGACAUUCCCGGAUUCAGUAACAGUCAUGGUGGGAUCACCGUCAACAUGGCCGGCUUAGGCGAUGUCGAAGUGGACGCGAGUGCCGGCGUAGCUCGAAUAGGAGCGGGCGCAAAGUGGGGGGCGGUCUUCAAGGAGCUUGAUAAGACGAACAAGACUGUGGUUGGGGGCCGACUGACUGGGGUUGGCGUUGGAGGAUUACUUCUGGGCGGUGGGCUUAGCCACUUGUCUGGAUUACAUGGGUUGGCGUGCGACAACGUUCGCAACUACGAGAUUGUCCUUGCCAAUGGCAGCAUCUUCGACGUCUCGCACUCUACCCACCCGGAUCUCUAUCGAGCGCUUCGCGGUGGUGGCAACAACUUUGGAGUCGUGACCCGUUUCGAUCUAGACUUGUAUGAUCAAGGCCCCAUGUGGGGUGGCCUGCACGUCUGGCCGUUGUUACCAUCCGUGACAUCGGCCAUCACGUCAGCCUUCAUAGAAUUCGGACACGACGCCCCGUCAGACAAGCAUGUCUCACUGUUUGCAGGCCUUGGGUUUAUGCAGGGCAACUUCGCCUGGGCCGUGGGGCAGUAUGACACGCUCGGAAGAGAGGAACCUCCCAUCUUUUCCAAGUUUAGAGACGAUGCCGAGACAUAUGGGGCUCCCAAGGUUGUCACAACGGCAAGGGUCACGUCACUAUCGGACCUUGCUGAAGAGCUGAAUCUUUCAGAACCCGCGGGCAAGCGGAGCCGGUUCACGACAGCCACCUUCAGGAUGGAUGUGGAUCUGCUUCGACUGAUGGCCGGCUACUUUGUGGAAGAGGUCGAAAGGGCUCUGGAGAAUGGACUACGUGAAGACGAACGCUUUGCGCCAAUGUUGGGCAUCCAACCCCUGACGAAGAACAUUAUCGGGGCACAAUCCAAGCGCGGAGGAAAUGUGAUGGGUCUCGAUGAAGAAUCUGGACCGCUCGUUGUCUGUUCUUUUGGCUGGGAAUGGUCUCGUGAGGCAGACGAUGCUGUCGUGAUUACCGGCAUCAAGAGCGUUCUUGAGAAAUCCGUAGCCGCGGCGGAGGAAAACGGUUUGUAUCAUCCUUUCAAGUACAUGAACUAUGCUGCGGAAGACCAGGAUCCUGUCGCAAGCUAUGGAGCUGAAAACGUUGAGUUCUUGAAGAAGGUCAGACACAUCUACGACAGCGAAGGACUGUUCACGGAGUUAGUGCCUGGUGGCCACAAGAUCAAAUGAUGAUUUUUCCGGGGGCUAGAAUUAUUGCAUAUAGUCUAUGAACAUUACAAAAAUCCCCAUAUAUACGAGAAUACCCCAAAUUGCCCAGUUAUGAAUGUGGUCAACCAGAUUCAACCCCUAUUUUCGACCAUGGUGUUCAGCAUAUGAUAAGUGGGUGACAUUGGUAGCGCCGGAAAAGCGGUCACAAGUCCAGGUGCGACCAAAUCGUUCACAAAUCCUGUACCGAGUAUGGUCAAAGCAAGAAAAGUCCACACGAGUCCAACAACACGCCACCAGGAUCCACGCCAUCCGAGUUUCUCCUGAGCAAAACGAAUGACCAGAUCUUCCAAGAGCAAGAUUUUCGGCAUCAGAAAAAAGAAGGUGAGAGUUCUUGCGAAAGACUCAGAUGGAGCUGCCAUCUUUGCUGCCGCCCAGUGGUAUAGUCCAGACAGGGCGAAUGCAAAGUACGAUUGGGUUUGACGACUGAGCAUAGACCCUCUAGGUGCUCUGACGACUCUCCUAGCCACGAAUCUGCUAGGGAUUUGCAGGCCCCUUCGAAAGUUCUGAUGCCACGUGCGGUUCCAGAACCUGCUCAGGGUGUAGCACUCGACCCAAGGUCCGUUUACCGGGUGGACGUCUUCGAUGCGCGUCCAAAAAAGCCCGGACGACACCCCGAUCAAACAAGCGAUGUGAUAUCCGAUAUCCAUCACGGCAAUUGACGAGGCCCACCAGCAGGCUGUAGCGAUGCAACGGGGGACAAAGUCUAACUCAACGACGCUCAUUUUCCCAUCAUGAGUCAGCCACAGAAGAAGACCGGCAGCAAUAUCAUGGCUCAUGUAUUGCUGUAGUAUUCUUUGCAUCGAUAGCCUGAAGAAGGCGGUCUUGGAGGUGCCUGGAGCAGGAGCUGGAGGUAGAGGUGCAGUCCGCCAGUUCCAUCCAAUACCUCUGGUGGAAAAGGCAUUGUCAAAACACCAUCUUAUCCGGUCCCAAGCACCGAGAGAGUGGAAAGACUGUUGAGGUUUCUUCCCAUCGCUUGUGGGUUGUGUCCACUUGUGCUCUAGGUAAGGGUCUUCGAGCACAAGAAGAUUGAAGUUGACCAACGCGACGUAAAAGACUAAGAGACAAUGCUAUUAGAAUAUCAGCUCGAUAAAACGUUCUGUUUGGUGCCCAACCUGUCCCAAAGGUGUAAUUCUUUGCAAUAUCCGGGCCAAAGGGAAAAACAAAAGCCACAAGCAGACAACCCCCCACGAAAGGGAGCAGAAGGAUCCAGCGCAAGUGUCUCGGGGUUUUUGAGCCCAACAAGACCAGAAUAGGGGUAGUGAGCCAUAUGGCACCAACGAAGUCGGCACGUUCCAGAGGCAUUGCGACGAGCUUGGACAAUGUGACAGGCUGCCUAAGUUGGUAGUACAGUACAAAUGUAAUGUUUGAUGGUAUCCGAG